CCUAGAGUUAUGUAGUGCUUCCCUUCCGCAUAUCGCGAUAGCGUUAGCUUCACUGAACACACGGAAACAUGGUGUCGUUGAAACUGCAGAAGCGGCUAGCAUCGAGCGUCCUCAAGUGCGGAAGAGGGAAGGUUUGGCUUGACCCCAAUGAAGUCAAUGAAAUCUCCAUGGCGAAUUCUCGCCAAAACAUUAGAAAGCUUGUUAAGGAUGGGUUUAUUAUCAGGAAACCCACUAAGAUUCACUCCCGCUCACGUGCCCGUCGAAUGAAGGAAGCUAAGAGGAAAGGACGCCACUCUGGAUAUGGUAAACGCAAGGGUACCAGGGAGGCAAGGCUGCCCACAAAAAUCCUUUGGAUGAGGAGAAUGCGUGUGCUCAGACGCCUGCUGCGCAAGUAUCGGGAAUCUAAGAAGAUUGACAAGCACAUGUACCAUGACAUGUACAUGAAGGUUAAGGGUAAUGUUUUCAAGAACAAGAGAGUUCUGAUGGAGAGCAUACACAAAUCCAAAGCUGAGAAGGCUAGAGAGAAGACCUUGUCUGACCAGUUUGAGGCCAAACGUGCCAAGAACAAGGCCAGCAGAGAAAGGAAACUUGCUCGGAGGGAAGAGCGUUUGGCCCAAGGUCCCGGAGAAAAGCCAUCAGCUGCACCCAGUGCUACAACUGCUAUAGCAUCACAGCCGGCCCAGGCACCAAAGAAAUCCAAGAAGUGAAUCAUAUAAUCUGAGAUUUGCUGAUAGAAUCUCAGGAGCUGGCAUCCUGAGUUACUGUUCUGAAGUGGUUUUGACAAGUCUCUUUGUUGUUUUAGACCUUGUUUAUUUAGCCUUUAUUUUAAGUAUGUGAAGUUAUCAUAUUCCUUUUUUUAGCCGGUGUUUCACUGUUUUUGGUACGAAGAUGAUUAUUGUUGUGGAAAGGCUCGUCUUAUUCUUAUUAUAGUUAUUGCUCUA